AUGAAGCUCUCCAUUCUUCGCAGGUCGAAGAGCACGAUAUCCGCCUCCUCCGUCUACGGCCUCGACCAUGCAGUUCUCAACAUUCCCGUCCCCCCACCAACCAUGUGGAUGAAUCUCGGUUAUUGGAAGCCACGGCCAAACAAACCUGACCGCCAACAGGACACAACUGAUUUCCCUACCGCUUGCGCUGCGCUCCUAGAUCAAGUUUUGAUAACAGCGUCGCUACUAGACGAGAAUGGCGACGCGAAUCCCCAGCCGCCGGAGAAGAAGAUACGGUUGCUGGACGUAGGAAUUGGGUGCGGGGACCAGUCGAUGCGGAUACUAGGGUACAAACGGGGAACGGGCCCCGGGAUGCAUAGAUGCGAAGCAGAAACAGCAGAACAGGACGGGGCCGGGGAUGCGAAAGACAGCACGAGCCCGAAGAAGCCGCUAUUCGACUCUUACGUCGGUAUCACCUCUAUCCCUGUCCAGGCGCAGUUCGCAAAGCAGCGGGUUGAAAGACUCGAAAAGGAAAACCGCCGCGCCUUCUCCUUGUCUUCCUCACCUUCCCCGUCCGAGAAGGGUGAAGACAAAGGCUUGACUCCAAGCAACCGAGCUCAGGUCUUUUGCGCCGACGCCGCAAACCCCUCGUCCUGGAGCCCCGAGCUGAAAGCCUCCCUCCCGCCUGCUCCGGCCCAGCAAAUAGAAGAGAACUGGCUCCUAGCCCUCGACACCCUCUACCACUUCUCGCCGUCCCGCUUUCCGCUCCUCAAAUACGCGCACUCUACACUCCAAGCCUCACUAAUGGCCUUCGACCUCCUCCUUCCCACCCCGAAGCCUUCACUCUGGACGCGGCUCCUCCUCCGCAUCUUGUGCCUUUUAACGGGAACACCAUAUACGAAUUUCCUCACGGAAGAUGAAUACACCGCGCUCUUAGUUGAGGCUGGGUAUGAUUUGUCGGAUAUCAGCUUCCGAGAUAUAUCAGGGGAUGUAUUCAGUGGGAUUGCUGGGUAUAUCAAUUCGCGCGAAGAGGUGUUGAAGGGAUACGGUCUAGGUGGAGAUAUUUUGAAGCUUAGGAACUAA